AUGGAACAACAGGCUGAUAGCUCUAAGACAAAUAAUCCCAAAGAUAACAACCAUGGAGUUAAUAAGUCUAAUCUAUCAACACCUGCUGCAAAUGAUUCUAUGACACAGAAUGAAACUCCUAAUGAUGAUGUACAUGAACUUGAGUCAGUAGGUAGGAAGAGGAGACAAAGGUCAGUUGUCUGGAAUCACUUUAAGAAGAUGAAAGUGAAUGGAAUAGAAAAAGCGGAGUGCAAGUAUUGCAAAAAGAAGUUGGGAGGGUCUAGUAAAAAUGGUACAAGGCAUUUACAUGAUCAUUUUAAAGUUUGUAUAAGACGACCCUUUCAAGAUAUACGCCAACAUAUUCUUGUGGGAGAACGAAAAAAGGUCGAUGGUAGUUCAUCAUAUCUCUCCAACUACACAUUUAAUGCAGAUAAUUCAAGGAGAGAUCUUGCAGAGAUGAUCAUUAUUCAUGAAUAUCCACUUUCAAUAGUAGAGCAUCACGGCUUUCGGAAGUUCGUAGGAAAUCUCCAACCUUUGUUUAAAGUUCGUUGUCGGAAUACCAUUAAAGGCGAUAUAAUGAGUAUUUAUGAUUUUGAAAAGCAAAAGACAUUGAAGUUGUUAGACAAGAACACUAGUAGGGUAGCAGUUACAACCGAUAUGUGGACGGCGAGCAACCAAAAGAAAGGAUUUAUGGUGAUAACUGCUCACUUUAUUGAUCAAAAUUGGAAUAUGCAAAGUCGAAUUAUGAGGUUUAUUUAUGUGCCUUGUCCGCAUACAUCCGAUGUUCUUGCUGAUGUGCUAUAUGACAGUUUGUGUGAUUGGAAUCUUGAUAGAAAGUUGUCCACAAUAACUGUUGAUAACUGCACCACAAAUGAUUUAAUUAUUAACAUAUUGUUGGAGAAACUUCCUUUGAGUUCACUUAUUCAAAAGGGUAGGUUGUUUCAUAUGCGAUGUUGUGCGCAUAUUUUGAACUUAAUUGUUCAAGACGGUUUAGAUAUCAUUAGGGAUGAGAUUGAAAGGAUUAGAGAUAGUGUGGCAUUUUGGACCGCAACACCAAAAAGGCAGCAAAGAUUUGAGGAAACAACUCACAACUUGGAAAUACCAUUUGCAAAAAAAUUAUCACUUGAUUGUAAGACUAGGUGGAACUCUACUUUUUUAAUGCUCAGUGCUGCUAUAGCUUACAAGGAAGUCUUCAAGAAGUUAAAACAACGAGAAUCACAAUAUAAGUGUUUGCCAAGUGAGCAUGAUUGGGAGUUGGCCAAAGAAAUUUGUGAUAGAUUGCAAUUAUUUUACGAGGUAACUGUAAUGUUUUCGGGUACAAAAUAUCCUACAACAAAUGUCUUUUUUCCAUAUAUAUGUGAAAUUAGAUAUUCUUUGGUUGAUUGGGCGUGUUCUUCUAACGAAGUUAUUAAGCAGAUGGCUACUAAGAUGCUUCAAAAAUUUGAUAAGUAUUGGUCUGUUAUACAUGGGAUUAUGGGGAUGGCAGCGGUUUUAGAUCCUCGGUAUAAACUAAAAUUUGUUGAGUUGCUUUUUCCGGUGCUUUAUGGAAAAGAGAAGUCAGAGAGUGAAAUUGAAAAACUUAAAGAACUGGUCUAUAGUUUGUUUCAAGAGUAUGAAUCUAGUUCUCCUAGUACUAGAACUAGUUAUGAGGGUGUUGGGUGUUCAUCUUUCACUUCAGGGCCUUCGGUUGGUCAUCGAGUUGAAUUUAAGAAACUUUUCUCGAGUAUUGCUUCGAUUGCUAGCCAACAUGAUGAUACUGGCAUUACAACAGAGUUGGAUAAUUAUUUGAAAGAGAAACUUUUGCCAAAAGAUGUGGACCUUGAUUUGUUAGCUUGGUGGAAAACAAACGGGUUUAAGUACCCAACACUACAAAGAAUAGCAAAAGAUAUUUUAGCAAUUCCUAUUUCUACUGUUGCAUCAGAAUCUGCAUUCAGCACCGGUGGAAGAUUGGUAAGCCCUCAUCGUAGUCGACUACACGCAAAGACGUUGGAGGCAUUGAUGUGUGCUCAAAGUUGGCUCUUGAAUGAAAUACGAGAAACUUGUUCGGGUGAGUCAGAAGCUUAUUGUCGCACUGUUGAGUAUGAUUAUGAUGUAGAAGAGGAAAACAAAGAAAGUGAGAUUUAG